UCAUAAUGACGUAACUACGUCUGUAAUAAUUCAACGCAAAGGGACACUGUACUUGUCUUGUUUACAAGUAAAGGACAAUAAAGGAGGAGACAAGUUUGGUAGGAACAAAGAAGGCGAGACUUUAGGAUCAAAAGAAACCAAAAGUACAGAGAAUAAGAAAAAAAAUAUAGAUUAGAAAUUAAUUAAGUAGGCGUGGUCAAUCAAAACAGACACCCUAAAAAAUAAAAUGGCAUAUCCACCACCAGAGGGAGGUCCCCCUUAUCCCCCUCACCCCUAUCCACCACCACCUGAUAAUCUUGCAUACCCUCCUCCACCAUAUAAUCCUGUAUAUCCACCAUUACCAGUGGAUAGUAGCCAACCUGCCGGGUACACAUCACCUCCUCAGUAUGAUCAAGGAUACUCUGUAACAGUCUCAUCCUACGAAGAGACUAGAUACUCCUCUGUCUCCUCAUCAGUCUCGUAUCACCCUUCAGAGUCCUCUUCAAGUCUGACGCAUGAUCAUACUCAUCCUCCUAGUCAUGCCAAGCACUCGCAUAAGGACAAAAGCAAGAAAUCAAAAAAGAAGAAAAAGAAACAAGACAAGGAGAAAGUCAAAGGAUUAAAGAAACAUAAGAAGCAAAAGAAACACAAGAGACACUCCUCCUCUUCAUCCAGUAGCAGCAGCAGCAGCUCUAGCAGUAGUAGUUCCUCAGACUCGGAUUAAUUGACAUGUAUAUAUAAUCGAUAAAUUUUAUACACUAUUAAUUUUUAAU